AUGGGUAACAUAUUAGGAGAUUAUACAGAAAAUAAUUAUGAGCAGGAGUGGUCAGUGCCUGAAGUACCUGCUCCUCAACCGCAGUUUAUCAAUAUCCAUGGCCAUAAAUACAGAAUUAUAGGCAUCAUUGGCAGAGGGAGUAUCGGAGCCGUAUUUCAAGCAGUGACUGCAAAUGGCGUACCAGUAGCGAUCAAAGCAGUAGAUUUGAAACAGCAUCCAAAUCCCAAUCGUUUGAUUGAAUCGAUUGCAACAGAAAUUCAAAUGUCGUUUAGCUUAAAAAAAGAGUCAAAUCAUAUUGUACAAAUGUAUGAUUUUGAUUUUGAUCCUCGAUCGGGUUUCGCAUAUUUGACAAUGGAAUUAGGGGGUGAUAAUCUAGAUCAACAUUUAAAUAAAAGAGGUGAUAUGUCACCAACACAUCAGCAAAAAAUAUGGAAACAGUUGGUGAACAUUCUAGUUGCGUCGAAAACGCAUAAUAUUGGUUUUGAAAGUUUUGAAAGUUCUUCCAGAAAUCUUUCUGCGUUGUGA